CAAGAUGUGGAAAUCAGUUGUCACUCUUGCCUCCUCCUGCGUGAUGGGUCUCUGCUUCGGUGCCGCCAUGGAUCUGGGGAAGGUUACCCUGCCCCUGGUGAUUCGUGAGCAGUUCCUCUUCCGGAGGUUCUUGAUGUUGAAGAUGUUCUUGGGCGCGGCUGCCAGCUCGGCGCUGUUCUUGACGAUCGCAUCUAAGCUUUCUCCGAAGCGCUUUCAGCACGUACAAGAGAUUUUCAUGAAGCCGCUGGCAGCAAAGACAGUGGCCGCAGUCUCUCUUGGGGCGUUCACUCUCGGAUCAGGCAUGGCGCUCUCUGGCUCCUGUCCUGGGAUGGUGCUGGUCCAGGUUGGUUCAGGUGUUCCCAACUCCUUGUGGACCCUCGCAGGGGGCAUGACGGCUGCUGCCUUAUACGGCAUCUUGCAGCCUCGGCUGAUCCCGCUGUACUGCACCAAGUCAAAGGAGAAGAUUGAAGAGCAGACGGUCAUGAGUCAGAUCAACGUUUCCUAUGCUCGCUUGGCUUCUUCUCUUGCUGCUUUUCUGUUUGGAGUAAUCUACCUCGUGGAGAUCUACUUUCCUUGGACAAGCUCAUCAGAGCUGCCGUCGUGGGCGAAGCCAUGGAUCAACACUCUUCCUCCUCACCUGAUGGGUGUGAUCAUCGGAUCCUUACAGCUCCCUGCAGUCUUCAUGGUCGCCGACACGCUGGGAUCAUCGCAGGCAUACAUGACGCUGACGUCGCAGCCUCUCGGUCUCUCGGGGUACCUCCAGCAGAAGCUCGUGCAUUGGAACGGAUACCGCAUGGGUCUGGACAACUGGUGGCAGGCAACGUACCUCCUCAGCGCCAUCUCCGGCGCCUUUCUCUCCUCCACCUUCACCAACACCCGAGGGCUCGCACAUGGCGUGCCCGUCGUGCAGGCGUUCAUUGGCGGCUUCCUGAGCAUCUUUGGGAGCCGUCUUGCUUCGGGAUGCACUAGCGGGCACGGGCUGUCAGGGAUGGCGCUGCUGGUGACCAAGUCGGUCAUCGCAGUGCCGGCCAUGUUCGCAGGAGGCAUCUUCACGGGAGUAGUGUUCCAGACCCUCAACGCGCAGGGGUACACAGGUUUCUUAAAGGGGUGAAGCAGCCGUGGAAUUGAGCUGCUCGCGCGCGUGGAGGAUGCGAUGGAUCGAACCUGAGGGAUGUCAAUGUUAAAGUAGGGGAUGAGGGCAGAAAGAGACGGAGGGAGGAAAUAAAGAUACGCACGAAUC